UUCACAAUAAAUCCUUCGUCUGUCACCUGUCAGAAAGCAGAUCUCUGGAAUAAGGUGAAGAAUUGCAUUUCUUUCAAGAUGUUUUAAUUUUUAACUAGCAUUGGCUGAUUCAGUUCAGUCAUCAGAACAUCAUAUUGUUGUACAAAUAAAAAUGAAGGAUAAAACUCAUCAAGUAAAUCAAACACCUCAAGGAUUAAAUAAGUACUUAGAGGUAAAAAUUUUCAGUGGCAGCAAUGUGAAACGAACAAUCUGCAACCUGUUUCACAUAUACUCUGAUUUUCAAAAUCUUACAAUUUUUAUUAUGACUUCUAUUACAUGAAUUGUUAUUCUGACUUAGUUAAUUUUUCUAGAAAUCUCUUCUUGACCAGUGAUGAAGAAUGCUUCUGGCCACUAUUGCACAUUGCCAUCAUUUAACAUUUAUCUGAAAUAACGACUGUGGGUCGUGCUCCUACAAUUUUACCGCAGGUGCUGAUGUCUAGUAUGGUCUCAUACUGCUUGUGCAAGUUGUAUGAAAUGCUUUCCCUUAUGUUCUCCAAAAAAAUCAAGCAUCAAUUUAUGCUUUCACACACCAUGCAAUAAAAAUAGUGGCUAUUUCUGAGCAGAGCAUUAAAAAGCUGAUAAAACUUUUAAGAAAUAUCACUGAAUAAUGGUGACAAAAACCAAAAUGAUUGAAUUGCCUAAGUGGACAAAAAAGCUAAAGAACGCUUAUUAAUUUUGAGCCUUAUGCCAAUAUAACAAUAAAUACAGGCCAGCUAAAUAAACAUGCCUAAUUUGGUGUGGGGAGUGUGUACUUAUUCCAUAUCCAAUUAGAAAUGUUCAUCUUCAGCUGCCUAGUCAUUAUCUUAAUAAAAAUCUGCUGGAAGUUAUUGAAAACUGAUUCAAAAUACAAAACAGUUUUAGGACUUUGAGCGUUCAGGAGCAGAGGCAACAAUCCGGCUGUCCUCACAUACCUUCUGACUGUUGUGCAUUGGGUGUUUGUAAGACAAGUGGGCAAAUGUGAAUUGUUUAACAACUUGUUUAUGUUUUUAGUAUCAAGUCUAUUCAUGAACACAAAAGUAAUCUUGCUGAACUACUAAAAAAACUAAGGCUUCCACUGAAAAUUCAGUAUCCUGGUCAUUAAUUUUAUCUUUUCCUCCAGCUUUUGGGUGAGGGAUCGUUUUGCAUAUCAAAUAUAAUACUAUUCUCCUAAGUGAGCAUACAACUAUAUCUACAUAUUCUCUACCAUAAGGAAUCUGUAACCUUGCCUGGUCAGUCUUUAGUUACCCUUUAUAAGCAAUAAUCCAAGCAUAAAUAUUUAACAGUCUUUUAAAUUAUUUUCCCUCCAUAUUCAGUUUUCAAAAUGUAACAACAUACACUUUGUUGUAUUUUCAGAGAAGUCAUUAAUAUUUCCAUGAAAUAACAAGAUAAUUGUAAUCGUUGGAAAUAAAUUCAGUCUGCUAAGUUGCGUAUUUCAAGAAUGUCUGGAGUAGGAAAUUAACCAUAUAACCAUUUCAAUAUACUAACUGUAAACACUCUAAAGCAACACACACAAAAUGCUGGAGGAUCUCAGCAGGCCAGGCAACACCUAAAGAAAUGAAUAAGCAGUCGACAUUUCUUGCUGAGUGUUGUUGCAUGAAUGAAAUCACUGGAGAGAGAGUUACUGGUAGAUACAAAGCAGCUUCUUUAUUUGACAAAAUGGUACAGCAGACAUCAUACCAAGCUGCUUUCGGUGGAAAGGUCUGCUGGCCCAAUGUGGGCUCGAUAUUUAUUUGCUAAACACAAAGGACAAUCUUAAGUACAAAGUAUAAACAAUGCUUUUGAAGCUACAUACAAACUUCACACCUGAUUCGCAUCCAUCCCAGCAGAGUCUGGACUGGGCUUUUAGGAAACCAUUGUUCCAAACUGAAUCCACAAUACAUUUAUUUAGCAUUGUAUGUGCUAAAUAUAGAGGACAAUUCCAUGUUUACAAAGUAUUGAUAAUGCUGUCUUUGAAACUACAUGCAAACCUCACACCUUCUGGUUCACAAGAGACGCCAGCAUCGUCUCUGGACUGGGAUUCACAGCUUUUAGGAAAUGCACUGUUCCAAACUAAAUCCACAAUACACUGUCAAGGAACAGAAGACUGGUGGCUAAAGCCACUUGCUAAAUGUAAAUGACCUAAACCCAAAAAUCACUCCAACACGGAGACCCUUCUUCAAGACUGGAAAGGAAGGGGGAAGACACCAGGAUAAAAAGGUGGGGAGAGGGGAAGCAGAAUAGCUAGCAGGUGAUAAAUGAAGCCAAGUGGAUGAGAAAACACACUACUUUUCCCUGCUCCACAGAUGAAACAGAAAUACAACCCUCUACUAAUUAUAUUAAACAGAUCAGCUGCUUAAUAAAUUCUUCAAUUAUCCUUCAUGCUAAUAAAAGUAACUUUAAAAACUGCAAAUUAUCAAAACCAACAGUGUAAAUGUCUACGAAGUAGCAUACUGGCUACUUAAAACCAGGAAAAGCUACUCAUCUCCUCUUGCAAUUUGCAAAGUGGUUAUAUAAUUGACUCUGUACACAAUUAGGACGUUAGUUGUGGAAAUGGCCUACCUUGCUGAGGAAUUGGAAUUGGGGUUGAUGAAUUAAAAAAGUCUGGCCUAAUUUGGUACAUAGACAGCAUUUUGAGGACUCUAACAGCUGAAGUGAACUAUAUUUUUGUAUGUAUAUAGAAAACAGAACAGUGCAGCACACGACCAGGCCCUUCUGCUCAUGAUGUCCAAGCCAAUUUAAAUUAAUCCCAUCUAUCUGCACCUAGUCUAAAUCCCUGCAUUCCCUGCCUGUUAAUGUGCUUGUCUAAAUGCCUCUUAAAUGUCAUUGUCAUAUCUGCCUGGAAGCAUGUUCCAGACAUCUACCACUCUGUGAGUACAAGACCUGCCUUGUAAGUCACAUUUAAGUUUUCAAAGGUUCAAUGUAUAUUUGUUAUCAAAGUAUGUAUGCAGUAUACAACCCUGGGAUUUGUCUUCCCACAGACAGCCACGAAACAGAGAAAACCAAGGAUUCUGUUCAAAGAAAAACAUCAAACCCCUUCCCCAGUGCAAAAAAAAGACCAAAUCACAGGGAAAAAUAGAAAUAAAACACAAAAUGCAAAAGACCAAAUCGCACAGUCAUUGAAAGAAUCCAAGCAUCCUCAGUUCAGCACAGUUUGGUUCAGUCCAGCACAGCGUCACUCGCUAUCUGCAGGCCACAGUAUCAGCGUGCCAUGGUCAAAAUCACUCAAAACAGCAACGAGAAAAGAAGCAGCCAGAACGCAUCAUAACAUGAAGUACAGAGAUUAAUCCGUAAGUCCCAUUGAUUAAUCCUUGAUGAAACAUUAAUUAAAACUUUCCCCCUAACACUACCUUCUAGUAUGUGACAUUUCCAUUCUGACAACCCUCUCAUAACUUUAUAUACUUCUCUUAAGUUGACUCUUAGCCUCUGAUGCUCCAGUGAAAACAAUCCAAGCUUCUCCAACCUCUCCACAGAGCUAAUAGACUUUCAUCCAGGAAGUACCCUGGAGAACCUUUUGAUUAGUCUCUCCAGAGCCACCACAUCCUUCCUGGAAUGUGGUAACCAGAAAUGCAUAUUUUGUAGAAAAAUACUUUUUUUAAAUAAUUGAUGGCCAAAGCACUCAAACACAUCAAAUACAUAAAGUGCUUUAAAUAUUGGGAAUUAAAAGGACAUGAUUCAUGUAUUUUAAUAGGUGUUAGCAAUCCCAUUAAAGCAUUAACUGUUGUUAAAGAGGGCAUUAUUUCUAUUUGUUACUGAGCUACUGAAGAUUUGACUUUAUUCAAGCUAUGUCUCAAGCUAUUAUUCAAGUCUCAAUUUUUCUUCUGAAUACAUAUUUAAAUACUUAAAGGGCUACCUGGGCCAGGGCUCCACUGAAACAGGAUAAUCAGUUACAGCGGAUAUCAAUUCCAAGAGGGAUUAAAAGUGUUUAUGACUUGUUUAUACUUCCAGAGAAACCUGAUCUGUUUUACAUGAAUGAAACAACAAUGCUGAGGCCCCCUUGUCGAUGCCAACAGCUCACAUUGGCUAAAGAACUAACAUCAGCAAAUGAAAGUUGAGACGGGGUAGCUUGCCUUGAGUGAAAGUUGUGCUAGAGCAUGACCCAAGAUUCUCAGGCCGGUCUUUAAAGUUGUGGAUAAUUAUGGAUAAUUAAUAUCCCAAAGAAAACAGAAGAAUGCAUUGGACAAAAACAUUGACGGACACCAAAAAUCGAUAUGCCUCAGAUGCUCUCUCAACUGGCACCACCCCCACUUGUCUCCUCUUGCUUUCAUUCUGUGCAGACAUCCCCUUUCUAGUCUCAACUCUCCUCCUUCUUCAUACUUUAAACAAGUUUGAUUUCGAACUCUUGAACAGUAAUACUGUUUUUCUAUCCACAUAUGCUGCUUGACCUGCUGGGUAAUCUCUGUCAUUACUGGAACCCGUUUAAGACUAUUUUCUGAUUUUCAGGCAUUGCUUGACUACCAAAAUUCUUUAAAUUAUUUAAUGGCAUUGGGAAUAACACACUUUUUGAUAGUAAUAUUGAAAAGCUGGAUGGACUUGGGAGAAUCUUGUAGAAAUUCACUUGUCAGAACAAUGGUUAUAUUCAUCAUUGGACAAAUUUUCAUUACAUGUCACUUCUGUAAUCUUGAGAAAAGAGAUUAAAACAACUGCAAGACCUGAUAGGAUCAAGGCAAGGAAUCAUCAUUGUUAGCUUCUGAUUUGUGCAUUGUGGUUUUGGAACUCCAAUUCUCUCAGGAUCUUUGACAGCAUUAACAUUUGUCCAGUGUCUGUCAAUUGUAGCAUGCAGCUCAUUAUGUGAACCAAAGUGCUAUUUAAAGAAGCUAUCAAUUAUUUUUGGAUCAGAGGCCCAAUGGCUCAGCCGCAUCUAUGCUGGUGCCUGGUAGUCUCCAUAGUUGUUUCAAGCUGAAAAUUGUCAUAAGAAAUUAUGUAAUAGAUGCAGCACAAACCAACUGCUCUUAUGCAUUGUUAAUUUGCAUGUUCCUUUUGGAAAAUGGAUGUCUUAGAGUAGUGGUCACCAACCUUUUUAAGCCCAAGAUCCCCUACCUCAGCCUUAGUGAUCGACCUACUAAAUCAGUUAGUCACAUACAUACGCACUGGGUAAAGAACGGAAAUAAAACCCCGCAACCCAGAAGCAGAAAUAAUUAUGUACACCAGGGGUCACAACCCUUUUUUGCACCGCGGACCAGUUUAAUAUUGACAAUGUUCUUGCGGACUGGCCGACCGGGGGGGGGGGAGGUGCGGGGGUGUUAAACACGACUGGAAUACAACGAUACUCGAAGCAGGUUCCUGAUGUCCAGUCUAUUCCGCAGUUUAGUUUACGUGGCUCUCAGCACUUAGCUUCUGUCGCGCACUGCUCAUGUUUUUUCCAUUGUAAAAACAGCGGGUUUGUCUUUAAAUGCAGGGUGCCUAAGUAGUUUGGAGUGCUUCAAUGCCUUAUUAGACAGCCUCCCGAACUCCAGCCUUCUGCCCGCCCGCCGCCAGACACCUCGGUCAGGUGCGGCUGGGGUGAAGUCCGGAGGUCCCCGUACCGGGGCCGUGGCGGUCACAGUCUGGAGAGAGUGCGACAGGACGUAUGCCCACCCCCCUUGCAGAAUCUCUCGGCCAACAAAAGUUUGCUUCAGUCGAUCGCAGCGAGGCAGCUGCUCUGUUACUUACGAAACCCUGAGCCCGAAUUAGGUCGUCUGCGAAUAUCCUGGCACUGGGUUCCCCAUGAACACCCAGUGUGCUAAACAGGUUCAGAGGCGGCGCCCACCUGUCCACGCUGCAGGCUGGUAGCAUCGGCACUUGCGAGUCAGCCGGUUACCCGAGGCCAAACAGUGAUCCCUGGCGUGAGGGUGUCACUGCGCUUAGGCGACUGAUUACCUCCCGUGCAUUCAAGUUCAACAAAUCAUAUCGUUUCCUCGCUGCCCAGUGCUUGGGGACCACUGAAGUACACUGUGUAGUGCGUGGUGAGGGAGCUACACACAUAUACACUGGGCAGAAAGAACGGAACUGAUACCCCACCACCCGGAAACAACCUCAAAACAGUAUUCGUGUAUUUAUUUUUACUGGGAAAGUCUCAAAGAUCGAUGUGUUGGCGACCACUACUUCGGUCGUGAUCUGCAAUGCAUUCUCAAGGUCUCUUAAGGGGUGUUGAAGACAAAUUCAGUAACAACUUCCAAAAAAGAAUUCAGGUAACAAUGAUGUCAUCCGGGUAACACUGAGUGCCUGUGCAGCCUUGCAGCACCUGGUCCAUAGCUUUAUGCCAGAGUGCAGAGAUGAUCAGGAUACUUUGAAAAUUUUAAUUGCAACUGACAUUCAUCUUGGUUAUUUGGAAAAAGAUGCCAUAAGGGGAAAUGAUACUCUUGCAACCUUUGAUGAGAUUUUAAAAUGUGCACAGGAUAAUGAGGUUGAUUUUAUACUGCUGGGUGGAGACCUCUUUCAUGACAACAAACCUUCCCGGAAGACUUUACAUACUUGUAUGGAGUUAAUGAGGAAAUACUGCAUGGGAGACACUCCAGUACAGUUUGAAAUAUUAAGUGAUCAGUCAGUUAAUUUUGGUUAUAGUAAGUUUCCCUGGGUAAACUAUCAAGAUGGAAAUUUAAAUAUCUCCAUUCCUGUUUUCAGUAUUCAUGGUAACCAUGAUGACCCUACAGGGGCUGAUGCACUGUGUGCUUUGGAUAUCUUGAGCUGUGCGGGAUUAAUGAACCAUUUUGGGCGUUCUAUGUCAGUUGAGAAGAUUGACAUUAGCCCCAUUCUGAUUCAGAAAGGAGGUACCAAGCUGGCCCUCUAUGGGUUAGGAGCCAUUCCAGAUGAACGUCUCUACCGAAUGUUUGUAAAUAAACAAGUCACAAUGCUGAGGCCAAAGGAAGAGGAAGACAGCUGGUUUAACAUGUUUGUCAUUCAUCAAAAUAGGAGCAAGCAUGGAGCUACCAGUUACAUUCCAGAGCAAUUUUUGGAUGACUUCCUUGACCUUGUCAUUUGGGGACAUGAGCAUGAAUGUAAAAUAGCUCCCACAAGAAAUGAACAACAGCUGUUUUAUGUUUCACAGCCGGGAAGCUCUAUUGUCACCUCCCUUUCUCCAGGAGAAGCUGUAAAAAAGCAUAUUGGAUUACUGCGAAUCAAAGGAAAGAAAAUGAAUAUGCAGAAAAUUCCUUUGAAAACGAUUCGUAAGUUCUUUAUUGAGGAUGUUGUCCUGGCGGAUCACCCUGGCAUAUUUAAUCCAGAUCACCCUAAAGUUACACAGAAAAUAGAAGCUUUCUGUGUAGAGAAGGUGGAAGGAUUAUUGGAAGUUGCUGAAAGAGAACGCAUUGGAAAUCCAUGUCAGCCAGAAAAGCCUCUAAUAAGACUGAGGGUGGAUUACAGUGGUGGAUUUGAACCCUUCAAUACUCUUCGAUUUAGCCAGAGAUUUGUUGAGCGAGUGGCGAACCCCAAGGAUAUCAUUCACUUUUUCCGGCAGAGAGAACAUAAAGAUAAAAAAACAGAUACAGAGAUUAAUUUUGAGAGAAUUACAAAUACAUCUUUAGAAGGGAUGACAUUAAGAGUGGAGGACCUAGUCAAACAGUAUUUUGAGACGGCGGAAAAAAGUAUUCAAUUGUCACUGCUAACGGAAAGGAGCAUGGGUGAAGCAGUGCAAGAGUUUGUUGACAAGGAAGAAAAAGAUGCUAUUGACAUAAUCGUAAAAUUACAAUUGGAAAAGACUCAACAGUUUUUGAAAGAGCGGCAUAUUGACGGUAUCGAGGAGAAAAUUGAUGAAGUAGUAAAGCAAUUUCGUGAAAUGAGAAAAAAUAAUACAGCAGAAGAGGAUGAAGAGGUUAAAAAUGCAAUCAUUCGAACUAGGGGACAUAGAGUUGAAGAAAAAGGCAUCUCAUCAUUUCGUAGUGAUGACGACAUGGAUUACAUGGAGAAUAUUGAAGAUAAUGUAGAUUCUGAUGAAAAUGUAUUGGGAUCUACGAGCAGGCGAGGAAGAGGUCGUGGAAGGGGCACCACCAGAAAACAGAGUUCCUCCACUGGAAGAGGAGGAUCUGGAAGAGGGGGCAGAAGCAGUGGAAGGGAAACCAGCAAAGAAUCAAAGGCCCCCAGCAGCAGCAAGGCAUACAAGGCCCCAGUAGUUACACAAUCAAGAAAAGUACCAAUCGCAGAAGCUUUUAAAGCAGCAAGCCAGCGGCGAGCACAGACCACACCCAUAGAGGUUAUAAGUAGUGAUGAUUCAGAUAUGGAAAUUACCUCUUCAUGUACUUCUUCAAAGCCAAACCAAAGGACUUCAAGUACGUCAGAAUCUUUCAGUAAGAGAGGCCCACAAAGCUUUUCUAAAGGAGUAAAUUUUUGUGAUGAUGAAGACGAUGAUGAGGACGAAUACGAUCCCUUUAAAAGUUCUACAAGCUCAAGAAGAGGCAACAGAUAACUUGUCAAUCCUCUGGAUUGUGCUGCCGUUUACAUUCUGGAUUGUCAGGAAUUUGAUUCAGUAUCAUUGUUCUUGUAACAAUGUUUAAACAGGUUUUAAAAUUUAAAAACACCUAUCAUUUAUAUGUUGAUGCACAGUAUUAGAUAUGAAUACUUUUUUGUGAGCUACAUACGAAUGUAUAUUGUUUAAGAAAUCUGAUCCACUCUGAAUCAAUCUUUGUAAGAAGUCUAUUAUUUGAAAGCUUCAGCAUAAUGCUUCUAAAAUAGUCUCCAGCUACCCUGAAAUUUUGUUAUAACUAAUUGGAUUAUCUGUCAAUUAAAAAAUAUCUCGUCAGUGUCCAGUGGAUCUGCAAUGAAUAAUCAAAUAUAAAUUACUGAUGCAAUUAAAAUAAUAUUGCAAUAA